AUGAGCUUAUUACCACAAGCUUUAAUAUCAAACUUUAGUAACAGAGUAACCGGCGGCCAAGAAAGUAAUAACCAGCGUGAUCAUAAUCAUGAUCCUGAUUUAAUUGGUCCUCCAUUAUUGACCAUUGUACAAACUACAAGGUCACAUAAACGUGGAAAAGUUAUUAAUUAUUCAGAAGAUUUAAUGCUAAGUGAUAUUAUUAUGGAAGAAGAUGACGAUGUAGAUGACGAUGACAACAACAACAAUACUAACACUUUAAACAUUUCCACGCUCAAUAAUCACAAUGAAAAUGAUUCUUAUCUAGAUGAUGAGACAGCACAUUCAAAUAAUACUAAUCUUAAAAGAACAUAUCCCCCAUUUCCAGACUUGGAUAUUCCCGUGGACAAUACAAAUUUUUUAAAAUUUGCUAAAAUAAGAGAAACUUUCCGUAAGGGUAAAUAUUUUGAACCAUAUUCCACCGUAGUUGAUUUUUCAAAGUUUGAUCCCAAAAACAAUAACAGUAUAUACAAUAAAUCAAUAGAUGCGCAAUACACUGCAGAUAAAACGGAUGUAAAUGACAGCACAACUGUUAAUAAAGAGAGUAAUUGUAAUUCUUCUGCCUUGGUGCCCAUAAAAUUAGAUUUUGAAACUGCUCAAGGAUACAAGAUUAAUGACUUUUUCACUUGGAAUUUAAAUGACCCCUUGACACCAGAAGAUUUUGUUAAAAUAUAUCUAAUCGAUUUGGGUGUAAGUCCGUCAUCUUCAAUAACAGUUUUCAACACCUUAUAUAAUACCAUUUUGAAAAGUAUCGAAUCCCAAUUACAGGAAUAUGGACCAUUAGCGCAUGUAGUUUUACCCGAAAUACAUGUUGUUGUUAAUUUAACCUGCCAUAUAGGCCAAUCCUUCUUCGAGGACAAUUUCCAAUGGAAUUUGGGUGGAUCUACUGAAACGGGCACCGAUGUUCACGGAGUAUACAAAGAUAUUCCGUCUUCCUCCAUAACACCAGAACAAUAUGCUGAAAUUGUUGUUUCUGAUUUGGGUUUGCAAAGGGAAUUUGUAGGACUAAUAUCUUUUUCUCUACACGAAGUUAUAUUAAAAUUAAAAAAAAGAAUUUUGGAAGGUGGGAUUAAUGAAAUUAAUAGUCACCUAUAUAAUGGUGCCGCUUUUGGUUACGUAGCUGGUGUUAGAUUGGAUGUCAAUGGGCUAGGCAAUAGUUGGUGCCCUAAAGUUGAAGUUUUAACCGAAUGGGAAAUGGAAAAAAGAGAGAUUGAAAAGGAAAGAAAUUAUAGAAGAUUAAGUAGAAGAAGAAAGAUGGUUGACGAACUGGAAACGUCGUUGAGAAUUUAA